CUCAUUAGCAGAGGGAGAGAGAGAGAGAGAGAACAAAGAAGGGAAAACCAAGCUGGCUCAUCCGGAAGUGUAUCUUCUCCGGAUCUACGUUACAGGAUUCUAAAAUCCUUGCAUCUUAAUUUUUUAUUGCACAUUAUAUAAUUAAUUUUCGUUAAAUAAUAUUAAUAUUUAAUUUCAUAUAAAAAAAUCAAAUGAUUUGUAAUUCCUAUCCGGAUCCAAAUCCGUCCCCUCCCCUUUCAGUUUUCUUCCCAAAGUACCAAGUGGCAACUUUCAAGUGCCCAAUUCCAAGUUGAAGAAACAGAGUCUUCCUUUCAAACUGAAAGUUCAAUGAUCAAUUUCUCCAAUUAACACAAAACCCAUAAAAAAAGAUUCAAACCUUCUUUGGCAUUGAUUGGCAAAUUCGCAAGAACUCAUUAGUUCUGAAGAAUUAAAAGAGAAGUGAAAAAUGUGGAAGCUGAAGGUAGGGGCAGAGACAGUAGGAGGAGAAAGUGGAGGUCAGUGGCUGAAGAGUGUGAACAACCACUUGGGCCGCCAAGUUUGGGAGUUCCAUCCAGAGAUUGGAACCCCAGAAGAGCUUCAGCAAAUUGAAGAUGCCCGCAAGGCUUUCUGGAACAAUCGUUUCGAAAGGCGGCACAGCUCUGACCUCCUCAUGAGAAUUCAGUUUGCGAAGGAGAAUCCACAUGCCACUAAUCUACCGCAACUCAAAGUUAAAGAUCAAGAAGGGGUGAAGGAAGAGGCAGUGGCAACCACUUUACGAAGGGCUCUCAGUUUUUAUUCAACAAUCCAGGCGCAUGAUGGUCAUUGGGCUGGGGAUUAUGGGGGUCCCAUGUUUCUGCUCCCUGGUUUGGUCAUUACACUUUCAAUUACUGGAGCUAUAAAUGCUGUGUUAUCCAAAGAGCAUAAACGUGAGAUGUGCAGAUAUCUUUAUAAUCAUCAGAAUGAAGAUGGGGGAUGGGGUCUGCAUAUUGAGGGGCCAAGUACCAUGUUUGGUACUGCUCUAAAUUAUGUUACUUUGAGGUUGCUUGGCGAAGGUGCGGAUGAUGGACAAGGGGCAAUCGAACUUGCACGGAAAUGGAUAUUAGACCAUGGUGGCGUGACUGCAAUUACUUCUUGGGGCAAAAUGUGGCUUUCAGUACUUGGGGCAUAUGAAUGGUCUGGGAAUAAUCCACUGCCGCCUGAAGUAUGGCUAUGUCCUUACUCUCUGCCAUUUCAUCCAGGAAGAAUGUGGUGUCAUUGCCGAAUGGUGUAUUUGCCUAUGUCGUAUUUGUAUGGGAAAAGGUUUGUUGGACCUAUCACACCCACAAUCCGGUCAUUGAGGAAGGAGCUUUAUACAGUCCCCUAUCAUGAAGUUGACUGGAAUAAAGCUCGCAAUCUAUGUGCAAAGGAAGAUCUAUACUAUCCACACCCAAUGGUACAAGAUGUCUUGUGGGGGUCUCUUCACUAUGUUUAUGAACCUGUUUUCACACGUUGGCCUGCAAAACAAUUGAGGGAGAGUGCUUUGAAGACUGUAAUGCAGCAUAUUCAUUAUGAAGAUGAAAAUACUCGGUACAUAUGCAUAGGGCCUGUUAACAAGGUGUUAAAUAUGCUUUGUUGUUGGGCGGAGGAUCCAAACUCAGAGGCAUUCAAAUUGCAUCUCCCAAGAAUCCCUGAUUAUUUGUGGAUUGCUGAAGAUGGCAUGAAAAUGCAGGGCUACAACGGAAGUCAAGCAUGGGAUACUUCUUUUGCCAUUCAAGCGAUUAUAUCAACUAACCUGGUUGAAGAAUAUGGACCUACUUUAAGAAAAGCGCAUCAGUAUAUCAAAGAUUCCCAGGUCUUGGAAGAUUGUCCUGGAGAUCUGGAUUAUUGGUAUCGUCACAUUUCAAAAGGUGCUUGGCCAUUCUCAACAGCAGAUCAUGGGUGGCCUAUCUCUGACUGCACAGCUGAAGGACUGAAGGCUGCCUUAUUACUAUCGAAACUUCCAACACAAACAGUUGGUGAAUCAUUGGAUAUGAAGCGAUUUUAUGAUGCUGUAAAUGUUACCCUUUCCUUACAGAAUGACGAUGGUGGUUUUGCCACUUAUGAACUAACUAGAUCGUAUCAGUGGUUAGAGCUAAUCAACCCUGCCGAAACUUUUGGUGACAUCGUCAUUGAUUAUCCAUAUGUUGAAUGCACCUCAGCAGCAAUUCAAGCACUUGCAUUGUUCAAAAGGUUAUGUCCUGGGCAUAGGAGUGAUGAAAUAGAAAACUGCAUUGCUCGUGCUGCAAAGUUCAUUGAAACAAUACAAGCAGCAGAUGGAUCUUGGUAUGGUUCCUGGGGAGUAUGCUUCACCUAUGCUGGCUGGUUUGGAAUAAAGGGGUUGGUUGCUGCGGGAAGGACAUACGAAGACUGCUCAAGCAUCCGUAAAGCAUGCGACUUUUUGUUAUCCAAAGAGCUUCCUUCAGGUGGAUGGGGAGAAAGCUAUCUAUCAUGUCAGAACAAGGUGUAUACAAAUCUCAAGGACAAUAGGCCACAUAUAGUUCAAACUGCAUGGGCUAUGUUGGCCCUUAUUGGUGCUGGGCAGGCUAAGAGAGACCCAACUCCGUUGCAUCGGGCAGCUAGAGUACUAAUCAAUUCUCAAAUGAAAAAUGGAGAUUUCCCUCAGAAGAAAUCCAUUUGGUUUGGUUUGAUUACAGACAUGCUAACUGCAAUUUUCAAAACAUCUUGCCAAUGUAGAAGAAAACUGUACAGAGAGAAAUGCAGGUGUAAAGACCUUUAGUACUUUUCUAGGCUGCAGAGAGUAAUUAAACCUUAUAAAUAUAUGUAUAGCUUUUGAAGCAAGUAAUAUAAGUACUUAGUGUUAUUCAAAUAGGCAAAUUGAACAAUCUUAAGUGUUGAGAAUAUAAAUCCCACAUUGGGGAAAUGAGGGACCUUGCAUCUUAUAAGUAAGCGGGUUACUCCUCCUGUUUCCAAUUGGUUUAAUGGUGGAACCUCAAUUUUAUUCA